GCGGGAGGGAGAACAAAGCUGCCGCUGCCUCCGUACAGGCUGCAGAAUGACGUCCAUGUUUCGCUCCAGAUCAUCGCAUCCUACCAUGGGAAAGGGAAAAGAAAUGGCUGCAGAGGAGUCAGUCCAGGGGCCAGUGACCUUUGAGGAGGUGGCUGUGUAUUUCACCAGGGAAGAGUGGGCUCUGCUGGACUCUGCUCAGAGAGCCCUGUACAGAGACGUCAUGCAGGAGAACUACGAGAAUGUGACCUUGCUGGCAUUUCCAGUUUCCCAACCUGAUGUGAUCUCCCAGUUGGAACAGUGGGAAGAGACAUGGGUCCCAGACCUCCAGCAUUCAGAGGAAAGAGAGAUCCUGAGAGUUCUCUACACAGCAGGUGAUGCAAUGGUGUGUGAGAAAGAGGAGCAGAAUUCUCAGCAGGAGAAUGUUGAGCAAGUGGAUAAACACAGAGCAUUAUUGCAAAGAUUGGAAAGGAAUGUGUUCAGGAGUCAUGAGCAGAGAAAAUCCUGUGAGAUUCUGAGAAGACCAGAAAGCGAGCAGGGAAAGCAGCCAGGAGAGAAAGUAGGUAAAUGUAUUUCCUGUCAGGAAACUCAGAAGAACCUCAAGGAAACCACAACACAACAGGAAAUCCUGAGCGGAAGGAGAAAAAGUACAUGCACUGAGUGUGGAAAAAACGUAUGUGAUUACUCCAGCCUUAUAACGCAUCAGAAAAUCCACACAGAGGAGAGGCCCUAUGAAUGCUGUGAGUGUGGGAACACCUUCAAUCACAGAUCGCACCUUAUUAGGCAUCAUAAAAUCCAUACAAGGGAGAGGCCCUAUGAAUGCAGUGAGCAUGAGAAAAGCUUCACUAGCAGUUCAGGCCUUUCUAAACAUCAGAGAAUCCACACAGGGAAGAGGCCCUAUGAAUGCUGUGAGUGUGGGAAAAGCUUCACUACCAGCUCAGGCCUUUCUAAACAUCAGAGAAUCCACACAGGAGAGAGGCCGUAUGAAUGCUGUGAGUGUAGAAAAUGCUUCACUAACAGCUCAGCCCUUUCUGAACAUCAGAGAAUCCACACAGGGGAGAGGCCCUAUGAAUGCAGUGAGUGUGGGGAAAAAUUCAAUCGCAGCUCAGUGCUUAUUAGGCAUCAGAGAAUCCACACAGGGGAGAGGCCCUAUGAAUGUUGUGAGUGUGGGAAAACCUUCAGUCGCAGUUCACACCUUAUUAGGCAUCAUAGAAUCCACACAGGGGAGAGGCCCUAUGAAUGCAGUGAGCAUGGGAAAAUCUUCACUAGCAGUUCAGGCCUUUCUAAACAUCAGAGACUCCACCCACAGAAGAGGCCCUAUGAAUGCAGUGAGUGUGGGAAAACCUGUUGGCACUUAGCCCAUGUGAGCAAUCAGAGAAUCUGCAAGAGAGAUGAACACCAUAAAAAACUCUAGGACUAUCAAUUUUUUUUCUUUAAUACUUUUCCUGAUUCCCACAUAGUAACUUUUGAAGCUGUUUGAACUGUUUGCUGCACCGAUGAGUGGUCCAUUUUCGCCUUUUGCAGUUUGCCCUGUUUUGAGGUGGGCCCCUUUGUCCUUUCUAUCAAUUCCAUUAUGCCAUGAGUAAUUCGAGUGUGCCCUUCCUAUCAGGAACCAGGGAGCAUCACAUUUAUACCAUUCCUCCUAUUUCAAAAUUAUUGUUAGUCACCAGUGAUACAGAUUGUAUCAUUGCCAGUUCUCACAUUGCUCUGGGUUGUGCUGAAGAGGAGAUAUAAUGGGAAUUUUUCAAAUUAUAUUUAAAUGAAGAGGAGCAGGGGCAGGGAAAAAAAGUGUAAUUUCAGCCUCUGUGACACUGGAAGGAGAUGGGAAGACUCAGAGAUUCUCUCCUUCCCCAUCACUGAUCACUGCAGAACUGUUACCUUUUGUCUGAGCAAUGCAGAGGUUAUCUUCAUCACAUUCCAUCCAUCCACUUCUUAGAGUGUCAUGUGAAGAAGAGUUCUCAGCUGUCUGUGCUUGGAGAUGAUGCUUUCACUUUUUUAAUCCUAUACCACAGUCACUCUGUCUGAAAAGGAAAGUGUCAAAGAUCAGGAAGGGGAAUUCAAAUGGAUCCAAAACACAGUAUGAUUAUUUGGCAUUAAAAUCCCAGGUUCCAUCUAUUGGUAAAGCCACUUGGGGCAAAUUGGCUGUCCCCCCGCCACCAUUAUGGUGAUGCUAGGAUACUAAACGUUGUAAAUAACAUAACUAAUUAUUGAGACAGUGCUGAAUGAAGUAUGUUUGAAUGAAUCAGAGAAGAAUGUGAUGGGAGAAUCUCUUGUCCUGAUUCUGAAUAAUCAGAUGUAACCUGCUCUGGAAUUUCACUUCACACUUUCAUUGUCAUGUUUUCUAUUGCUCUGUGAUGUGGGUUUCUAUCUUUCCUGAAGUCUGUUUGGUCACCCAAUUGGAUAUUAGUUCAGUUUGAUAGAAUGUAGCUCAGAUUUAUUGGAGAAUUUAAGACAAAUGACAAUUUGCUAAAGUCAUCAUUUCUCACUUCAGCUUUUCUUUUUCCUCAUCCCUGCAUAAUGACAUGGAGAAAGUUCAAGUGCAGUUCUGUCAGCAUUCUGCAAUUUACUGGACAGGCUAACAAAGAAACAGCAGUGAUUUAAAAUCUCCACUCGGAAAUGGUGAACGACAGCAGAACCCCAACUAACUGAAGGAAGUGCAUAUGAUCACAGUGUAGUUCAAUUGUUUAAGUCAAUAUUGUCUCUGAUGAUCUGGGGAGAGAAUUACAUGGUAAGUGAUUUUGAGCUAGGCAAAAUACCCAUGUAUUUGGUUCCAAAGCCUUUGUAACCUAGGCCCUACAGAAGAUCUCUCCUAGCCAAUCCUAUGGUAUUGGAGAUGCAGAUGUUGAGGAAAUAGAAGUGGGGUUUUUGUUGAAUUUAUCCUUUACAGGUGCUAAAAAUGUAUAUCAAAUCAGUUUUGGAAAUCUAAUAGCUGCAGAAAAAUUGCUAUUUUUCAAUAGAAACUCCUGCUCUGGUAACUAAUGGAGAUUGUGAUCCAGCCCUGUAUCCAGUCCCUUGCCUGGAACCAAAUUAAAGAAAAGCUGGGCUGGGCAUGUUUUGGGAAGCCAUUCCUCACUCACACUGCUGAGAUUUUGAGUGGUUUUGUAAAGGAUUCCACUUCAGAGAAGUGUAAAUUUACCCUAACCAAGGCCAAGGAUUUGGAAAGAACUGGGGUGGAAAGAGUCCACACCCAGUUCUUGGUUUCCACCCCAGUAAAGGAAGCUAUGGUGAUCAAUGAUCCAAGGAAAAUUGUUUGUACAACUCCAUUUCCUAGUUCAAUGUCGCUGAUUACAGUUCCAAAGGAUGCCAGGGUUAGACUGAGAACAAUCAUCCUUCACCAUUUGGAUCCAAAAAGAGAGUGCUUCAUAGGACAGUCCUUCCCCGUGGAUCCCAAACUGACUGCCUGAUUGUGUAACAAGGACUUACAGGCUGUAGAAAUGAUGGGAACCAAUGAAGCAACAAAUGUGUCAGGCUCCAAUUUCAGACUUCUGGAUGCAUGCAGGUUGAGUCCUGAUUCUAAUGUUUUGUAUCUGAUGGUGUGGUUACACAAUAAAGCUGAUGUUGGCACAGCUGCAUAAUGUAGCUGCGCUGCUGUAGCACUGCUAUUACAGAUGCUCUAAGCCAAUGGGAGCGAUUUCUCCUGUCAGACUUUAUUAGUCCAGCCCCUAUAAGCGGCGGUGGCUGUGUUGGCAGGGGAAGCUCUCCUGCUGACAUAGCACUAUCUACACAGGGGGCUAGGGCUGUGUAACUACAUUUCUCAGCAGUUUGGAUUUUUCACAGCCCUGAGAUAUAUAGCUAUAUUGAUAAAUGUCCUUAGUAUAGACCAGAUCUUAGUUUUCUCUUGUUUUAUGCAAUUACAUCACUUCUCUCCCUCCUCCUACUUUGAAUGACUAAAAAGUGUGACGAGGUAUUUUCCCUCAUGAUGCAAACAUUCCCACACAGGAGACCCCUUCCACCAACACACAUGGCAGAAGAUCCUGAGAUAUAUGAACUCUCAGAAAUCUUGGGACCUACGUUGGGACAAAUCACAACUUGAGCCAAGAUUCAGUUGUUGGUAAUAGGGAUUAAAGGAAAACUAACAUAUAUGACAAGAAUUUGUGAUUUUUGAAUAUAUUAUUGUUACCAAUGAAAAUGAAAUUAUAGGUGAAGUCAUUGGUUAAAGAGUAAGAGACUGUGAUAAUCUGAAUUAUUUUGGAAAACUGAAAGUUGUCUUGUUUUUUGUUUUGUUAGUCACACAGGAAAUGAUGGCUAAUCUUGAAAAGUUAAUUUGAUUUAAUUUACCACCUGUAGUGUAAAAAGUUCUGGUCAAAAACCUCACUCCAAAGGUUGGGGUGGAGGAAUGUGUGUGAGAAAGAGUGUAUAAGAGAAUAUUGUCCCAGUAUAGAUUUUAAAUUUUGUGUUUUCAAAUACAACUUAUUUUGCUUAGUUUCAAAGUCAAUUUCUAUUAAAAGGAAAACUACU